UCUCUCCUUUUCCUAAUUCUGGAAAUUAGUCCUCUUCUUCCCUCUUCCGUCACUUACUUCGUCUCGAAGGAAAAUUUUUAUAUACCUCCUUCUUGAUUCCCUCUACAACAAACCACCCCUAGUCAUGCUAGAAACGGAGCUCCACGAUUUAUCUGACGACGCAGAUUACGCCGCGUCUCAACUGCAAGGUUCGGCGAGCAUGAUGAGGUGCGAUAGCGGCAAGCAAAGCUCGUCUAGCGAACCUGAUGGCGCGGAAGCUCUGUACACAAAGGAUAAUGUUACAAUUCACCCUACUCAAUUCGCGUCUGGGAGGAUUAGUGGAAGAUUGAAGUUGAUUAAGCAAGGCUCCUCUCUGUUUAUGACUUGGAUUCCUUACAAAGGGCAGAACUCAAAUAUGAAGCUGUCUGAGAAAGAUAGAAAUCUAUAUACUAUUAGGGCAUUGCCGUUCACGGAUGUGCGUUCUAUUCGUCGACACACUCCAGCUUUUGGAUGGCAGUAUAUAAUAGUCGUAUUGUCAGCAGGACUUGCAUUUCCUCCUCUGUAUUUCUACAAUGGAGGAGUAAAAGAAUUCCUUGCAGCAAUAAAGCAACAUGUUUUUCUUGUGAGGUCGGCAGAAGAUGCAAACAUAUUUCUUGUGAACGAUUUUCAAAAUCCUCUGCAGAGAACUUUGUCUUCUUUAGAGCUGCCUAGAGCAGUUUCUGUCACAACUGGACAAUCAGCAGUCACUCCAGUGGGUGAAUCUCCUUCACAUGAGAACCAGGACAGUGGUGGGGAUGCUCGUGAUGAAAGUGCUAGUUUUUCCCGAUACAAUGGAAGGCAGAGGCAAAGAAAUCAUGAUCCUGCCUGGGAUAUCUCAAUCAAUGUGUUGGAGAAAUUCUCUUUUGUGACCAAAUUUGCCCGCGAAACAACUUCACAACUAUUUAGUGACAGUUCUAGCAAUGGCUUUAGUGAUGUUGAAAGGAGAACUCACAACAGUACACCAAUUGAUCUCCCGCACAAGGCAUCCAUCACUGUAGAUGAAGUUCUGAAUGAAAUCCUUGUUACUCCUGAUCCUUUUGAUUUUGAUAAACUCUCACUAGCAUGGGGGAAACCGCGACAGCCACCACUGGGAUCAGAAGAGUGGGCUACUUUCUUGGAUUCUGAAGGGCGAGUGAUGGAUUCAAAAGCCUUGAGAAAAAGAAUAUUCUAUGGGGGAGUUGAACACAAUCUACGACAAGAGAUUUGGGCAUUUUUGUUGGGAUACCACUCGUAUGAUUCGACAUAUGCAGAAAGGGAAUAUCUUCGAUCAGUUAAAAAGUCGGAGUACGAGACCAUAAAACACCAGUGGCAGAGUAUCUCGAAUGAACAGGCAAGAAAAUUUACGAAAUUUAGGGAAAGGAAAGGACUUAUAGAGAAAGAUGUGGUUAGGACUGAUAGAUCAGUCCCAUUCUACGAAGGUGAUGAUAAUCGAAAUGUGGAUAUUUUACGUGAUAUUCUUUUGACAUACUCCUUUUACAACUUCAACCUGGGGUACUGUCAGGGUAUGAGCGAUCUAUUAUCCCCAAUUCUGUUUGUGAUGGAGGAUGAACCAGAAGCAUUUUGGUGUUUUGUGGCAUUAAUGGAGCGUCUUGGACCCAAUUUUAAUCGUGACCAAAAUGGCAUGCAUACUCAACUUUUUGCAUUAUCCAAGCUAGUGGAGUUUCUAGACGUCCCGUUGCAUAACUAUUUCAAGCAGAAUGAUUGCUUAAAUUACUUCUUUUGCUUCCGCUGGGUUCUAAUUCAAUUUAAGAGGGAAUUUGAGUACGAGAAAACAAUGCGUUUAUGGGAAGUGUUAUGGACGCAUUAUUUGUCUGAGCAUAUGCACUUGUACGUAUGUGUAGCAAUCUUGAAGCGCUACCGCAACAAGAUAAUGGGGGAGCAGAUGGACUUCGAUACACUCUUGAAGUUCAUCAACGAGCUGAGUUGUCAGAUUGACGUUGAUGCAAUUCUCAAGGACGCAGAAGCUCUGUGCCUAAGCGCUGGUGAGAAUGGUGUGGCUUGCAUACCACCUGGAACUCCACCUUCAUUGCCUGCUGAUGACGGUUUUCUAUAUCAACAAGAUGAUGAAGUGCUGUGAAUGGUUUAUUUGCCUUGUAUUAUUGUCACCAGGCACUAUCGGUAACACAAGCAAGUUUAGUGGUCAAAUUAUCAUUUACUGUCCUUGCCAUUGAAUACUGUAUCCAGGUAACAACAUGAGCAACGGCAUUUUCUGUUUUCUUUCUUUCCUUCUAGUCAGCUCAACGUUAUUAUUUCUAGCUAGUCAA